AACUUAACCGCUUUGUAUAGGCUGGGACAUUGAUGAUAGUUGGUUUACUGGCAAGUAAAGCAAUGUUAAGUCCUGAGCUUAUAAAAAAUUUGAUUGUAUCCAUUGCUGUGGUAGCUCGAGAGGAUGCAAAAGAAUCGGCCGACUUGGCAUGGCUUCGUAUGUCUCUCAUGGCUAUAAUCAACAUUGUUCAGGUGCUGAUGCAAACUAGAAGUGACAAAAUCCGCUCACGUAUUUUGGGGCUGAAAAUUGUGAAGUAUCUCUUGGACCACCUGAAAGAGGAAUACCUAGUCCUUCUGCCUGAAACCAUCCCGUUCCUUGGAGAGCUGCUUGAGGAUGUGGAAUCGUCUGUGAAGUCUCUGGCCCAAGAGAUUCUCAAGGACAUGGAGGCCCUGAGUGGUGAAAGCCUCCGACAAUACCUUUGAUAUUGAAUCAGCAACAAAUCCCCGUUUUUUCCCCACUUCCCUAUUGUAUAAUGCAGAAUGCUUGGUGAAUACUGAGAGGGAGAGGGAGUGGGUUGGCACAGUUUUUAAAGGGAAUUGAGGAUUGGAGCUGUUUUGUGAGGGAAUUGUAUUAUAUGAAGAGGUGUAGAGUUUGAGUAGACACUCGUGUAAAACCAAAUAUUGGGAGAUUUGGAUAAAAUUUUGCAAUCAAAAUCAGUAUAAAUCAGCCUCA